AAAUAUUCGCCAUCUUAUUGCCCGGACAUCUUUCCAUCCAAGUCCGGCGUCUGUCCCAUAUUUCCGGAAAUGACGGCAUGCGAUUGUCAUAAAGAAAGCAGGUGGUGUCAUAGUGAUAAGGACUGCCCCGGAAGAGAGAAGUGCUGUUACGCAGGCUGUAGAUGUAGAACUAUGUGUCUGAAGCCGGAUGUUACUGGAGUCAUUAUCUUACCUCCUCCAUUGGUUUCCGUCUGUCAAUUACCCAGAAUUCCCGGACCUUGUAUAGCAGCCAUCCCCCGAUGGUGGUAUAACCCUGUUUCCGGUCAGUGUGAGCUCUUCAGAUACGGAGGAUGCUGUGGUAACCUGAACAAUUUCAUCAGUAAGGAAGAUUGCGAGGUCACGUGUUCACCAGGAUUUUAAUGUUAACUGUGCUAUUUUUG